AAAUCAUUAAAAAUCAAAGAAUUUAUUGAUAUUGGAUUAUUUCAUUUUCCAGUGAGUUUUGGAUCCUUUGGUUUCGUAUACCCGUGUGGAGAUUUAUAUUUUGGAAACUAUCUGGAUUCGUCGUAAGAAUGCUCGCCUCCAGACUGUUCACUCGCGUUUUUACGCGAACUGCCCGUGGAAAGAAGAACUUCUCUACGAGCAAGAGUCGACGGAGUGGUGAUCACCAUGAUGAAGGUGGCAACCCUGGCGAGAACCUUCCGUUCGACAUAACCAACCGAUACAAGUUCACGCUUAUCUACACAGCGUUCUUUGCCAGCGGAUUUGGUCUUCCGUUCCUUGUGGUUCGUCAUCAGCUGAUGAAGAAGAAUGCACCCCAAUAAAGGAGUGGAAAUUGUGUGACAGACAGGAGAUUGUUGUUUUGUCGUGGUGCGCAUAUUCAGCUGUGUAGAUAUAGAGUCGCGGAUAAUAAUGUUGAACUGUAUUUGCUUGCGUUGACGAAUUGCAUUUAUCGUAACGAGAAGAUUCGACGCGCUGGUUUUCCUGUUUUUGGUGAGAAUUAGCUGCAUUUUGUUGCGCGGUCUGGUCCUGGAAUAAAGCAGUGCGAACUCGGUUGUCA